AUGACAAGGGGCAAGGAUCGUUUAUAUGUAGUGCUGUAUGCGGGUGGUAAUCGUCCGGUGAAUAUGCCCGGGAGAGAAGACCAGUAUCAUUGGGCAUUGCUGGUGGGGCCGAAGAAAGAGAAGAAGAAAAGCCGGGCCGUGCUGCACCACGCGCAGGAACGGUUGCGUGAAACGGGAAUCGGGACGGAGUUCUUCUAUGAUAGACGCGAUGUGCCAACGGGAGCGACCUAUAUGUCCCUGGUGCGGGUCAUGAUUGGGAAGGUGGAGAACAAAGAUGUGCUGGCGGACACAAUAAAGGGCGUGCAGAUCAGAAAUGAGGACCCGGAGUGGAACUGUGUGAUCUGGGUGAAGGAGGCGUUGGAGGCGUUGCUGUUGGCUGGGGCGCUCGGGACGAACAAUGCGGCGUGGGAAAAGGUGCGGGAGACGGUGAUGUGGUAUAUGGAGAAGAAGAAAGAGGAGCAUCGGUAUGAUGGACAGGGUGGCUUCGAUAUGGACAAACCGGCAACGUUUGAUAUGCUAAAGGACAAGGAGACAAUAGCCUAG